CGUGCAGGCAGCCGGCGUACGUCAUGGCGGCCAGACGCUUAUUCGGGGCCACCCGGACCUGGGCUGGCUGGCGGCCUCGGGAGCUCCCGGACCCCGCCGCUCCUGGAAGACUCCUCGUGCGGGAUUAUGCCAAGAAACCAGUCCUUAAGGGGGGCAAAGGCGGCAAAGGCGGUGUGGUCAGUGAUGACCUGAAAGACCCAGAGGUGUGCACAGACCCUGUCCGGCUCACCACACAUGCCAUGGGUGUUAACAUCUACAAGGAGGGCCAGGACGUGGUCCUGAAGCCAGAUGCCGAGUACCCCGAGUGGCUGUUCCAGGUGAAUGUCGGCCCCCCCAAGAAGCUGGAGGAGCUGGACCCUGAGACCUGGGAGUACUGGCGGCUGCUGCGGAAACACAAUAUCUGGCGCCACAACCGGCUGAGCAAGAACCGAAAGUUUUAGUGGAGGAGGGACUGAAGCACCCUGACUCACCAAGGACCGCGCAGGCCCCAGAGGAGGACCCCAGAGGAGGACCCCAGAGGGGCACAACUCCUCCCCAUCCUGCCCCAUGGGAGACUCUUUUCCUGGAGAAAACAGACUUUUUCUUACCUGUGCUCUCUGUGGCCUCCACAGUGAAACUGGAUCAUGGUCGUGGGGACCAAUAAAGACCUCUUGGGGGGGUUGUCAUUGGCAGGU